GGCACUUUCUGUCACUGUCACAAACAGCUGGACUGAUUGAAGUUCAUGAAUUCAAGUUUCCACGUAAAACAAUACAAGUUAUUGCAAAAAAAAUAAGAAAGUACAUUAAUUCGGUAAUUAUGGAGCAGUGGAUUAGUGAAGGAUUAUCCAAAAUUUUGGAUUUCCAGAUACCGGAUGAUUUAAUAAAAUACAUAAUGUCAAUAGAAAGUGAGAAUGAUUUGAAUGAGUACAUGAAGACUCUACUCGACUUUGAUAACUCACAACAUAAAGGUUUCUUCUUGGAAUUGUGCAAGAAAAAGUUUCCGAGCCGGGCCAGCUCACAACCAAAGCAACAGAAGAAGAAAAUAUCAAAGAACAAGCAACAAGACUUCAUCAGUGCCCCACCAGUGCAGGAAAUAAAGGAACCAGUGGAAACUGAUGGCAAGUCUAAGAAGAAAACUAAGUAUGUCAACUUAUACUCUCAAGAAGGGAAAAAUGCACAAGUUGUGUUGCUAAAAGGCAGACAUCGCUGUGACUGCCAGGCUUCCAAACAUGAUUUGGUUAACAACUGCAUCCAAUGUGGACGCGUUGUAUGCACGCAAGAGGGCUCAGGACCAUGUCUGUUCUGUGGCAAUUUGGUAUGCACUCCAGAGGAACAAAAAGAGUUAAAUUCAAAGACCAAAGGGGCUGCCAAGCUGAUGGAAUCUUUAAUGGAACGCAGUAGACCUAAGGGAUGGGAAGCUGCUCUGUCACACAGAAAUCGUCUACUGGAGUACGAUCGCACAAGUGAGCGUCGUACCCGCGUCACGGAUGAUGAUAGCGAUUAUUUCAACGCAAACAGUGUGUGGUUGAAUGCUACUGAAAAGGAGAAGCUGGAGAAAUACCAACAAUCUCUCCAUGAAAAGAAGCAUGGCUCAAGGCUUAACAAGAAAAUGACAUUUGAUUUUGCCGGCCGUCAAAUAGUGGAAGACAACACAAUAGACUAUGAGCCAGACGAGGAUCAGAUCAAACAGAUGACCAGUGACAGUUCUAACAGUGGGAGCAAGUUGCAGCAUGAUAUGUUCAUUGGAGUGGCCAGUGACAGGGACGUGGCGCCUGGAGUUAACGCACCACUUUUAAAGUUCGACCCCUCAGUGGAGACACAAGGUUACGCUCAGGUGACCAGAAGUAACCCUGGCCAACAGCUGCCUCGAGUACAGGACUUGGAACUGCAAGAGAUGAGCGAUACGGGCCGUUGUCUAUCCAUGCACCAGCCCUGGGCCUCGCUGCUUGUUGAAGGAAUUAAGCUGCACGAAGGUCGUACCUGGUACUCCAGUCACCGCGGGCGGCUAUGGAUCGCGUCUACGGUAAAACCACCAGACCAAGAAGUCGUUAGGGCUAUUGAAAACCAGUACAGAGUUCUAUAUCCAGAGACAGAAGUAACGUUCCCAUCGUUCUACCCUACUGGAUGUCUUCUCGGCUGUGUCAACGUAGACGAUUGUUUACCUCAAGAAGAGUACCAGAAAAAAUAUCCUGGUGGUGAGAGUGAUAGUCCGUAUGUGUUCAUUUGUUCAAAUCCCAUCAGUUUGAGGCUUCGGUUCCCGAUCAAAGGAGCCCAUAAAAUAUAUGCAUUAGACAAGACGAUUCACCAAGCGGCUGUGAAGUGUAUUCAGAAAAUGUCCAAAGUCCAAGCAAAUGCAGCAUAAGGUCCAUAAACUUAUUACCUAAACGUAAUUAA